AACAUUUAACUCUGCUGUUGUAUCCAUUAUGGACCUUGACACUGCAGACACACACUGAAAACGAUCAUCCGAUGAACCUGAGACAAAUACGCUGAGAAAGGAUUGUAACUUCAAUUAUUCUCUUCUUCUGAAGACCUGCAGCCAUGGUUUUAACAGACAAUCUGAUGACGUAUUUAGUAGAGGUAAUGCUGUCACACCUGGCGUUAACCUGCGCUUUACUCCUGGCCUCUGUCGCUGCGAUCCGCCGGUUCAUCAGAGAGUCCUACAGGGUGGGGGGCUUCGGGCAGAAGCAUGUGUUCAUCACAGGCUGUGACAGCGGCUUCGGGAACCUGUUGGCCCGGCAGCUCGAUGGGAAAGGCCUCCACGUCCUGGCUGCGUGUCUCUCAGAGGAAGGGGCAGCAGACCUGGCAGCAGCGACCUCCUCCAGGCUAAAAACCCUGCUGCUGGACGUCACAGACAGUGAGAGCAUCAGGAGGGGGGUGCAGUUUGUGAGCAGAGAGGUCGGAGAGCGAGGUGAGGCGGCAGGAGAUCAGACUUUAAAAAAAAAGGGUCACCAGAAUGUUUUUCCUCUUCUUUCCAGGAGGGGCAUGCAGCAGUUUGGCAUCAAAGUGAGCAUUAUCGAGCCUGGUUUCUUUAAGACAGCUGUUACCAGUGUGGAGCUGAUUGACACUGACCUGAGGAGGCUGUGGACCCGCCUCCCUCAGGAGGUCAAAGACUCGUAUGGAGAAACAUACUUAGAAGACUAUGUGAAGGCUCAGGAAUUCUCCAUGGGCAUCCUGUGCAGUCCAGAUAUCUCCAAGGUGACCAGGUGUAUGGAGCACGCGCUGACGGCCCAGUUCCCACGCACACGCUACAGCACAGGCUGGGAUGCCAAGUUGUUUUGGAUCCCUCUGUCCUACCUCCCUUCAUUUGUGUCAGACUUUGUUGUCAAUAUGCUUCUUCCUUCUCCUAAAGGGUAACAAAGAAAGGCAACUAAACUAAACAAUAUGACACAUUUUCCAAAGUGUUUAAAGAAAUUAUUUGUGACAAUACAUUUUUUUUAAAAGUGUCAAGAUUGUUACAAAAUAGGAAAUUUAUUCAUUUCAUGUCCCAGCAAUUUAAACCAUAUGUUGUGGAUGAUCACAUAUACAGAUUUUUUGUACAAGUCCUUAUUAUGAUACAAAAUAAAUCAUUCUGUAAAGUUAAGAA